CGGCCUCUGCUGUGCCCCGAGCUCUUCCCAGCAGCGCUUCCUCUUGGAGCUGGAAACAUCUGCCUCUGGAGCCCUGAGUCCUCACGGGGACAGAGGGAGCCUGGAGGGCAGCACUGACACUUGCAGGGGCUCAGCACACUUGGGACGAGGGGGGUAGACACAGGCUUUCAGCUGAGUCGCCCUACUGGACGCUCACAAACCUUGCAAAUAGUUUCUAGCCAGGUCUUCCCUGUGACUAGUCCUGACAACCAGGUGGCGGGCAGAGGACAGUUUUUACUUACUGGAUCUCCUGGUGGGGAAAGCAAACCCGGAAGGCGUGUUGGGUUGGGCUGCCCAAGUUUUAAAUGUUUAUGCAAACCCGGCUUAUGUGGGUUGGCUUGAGGGGCUGAAGAGUCUUACCUUACACAUUCUGAGGUGCCAGGGAGAACUUCUAAACCACGAGUUGCCCGGGAGAGCAAAAGGACGUUUCGUGCAAGCCAACCACCGGCCGCUACUUGGGCGCACUGGCAAGCACCUAGAGUCACAAAACUGAACAAAUGCCGAACUGGGGAGGAGGCAAGAAAUGCGGCGUGUGCCAGAAGACGGUUUACUUUGCGGAAGAGGUUCAGUGUGAAGGCAGCAGCUUCCACAAAUCCUGCUUCCUGUGCAUGGUCUGCAAGAAGAAUCUGGACAGCACCACGGUGGCUGUGCACGGUGAGGAGAUCUACUGCAAGUCCUGCUACGGCAAGAAGUACGGGCCCAAGGGCUAUGGCUACGGGCAGGGCGCCGGCACGCUGAGCAUGGACAAGGGGGAGUCUCUGGGCAUCAAGCACGAGGAGACCCUUGGCCACAGGCCCACCACCAACCCCAAUGCCUCCAAGUUUGCACAAAAGAUCGGUGGCUCCGAGCGCUGCCCCCGCUGCAGCCAGGCAGUCUAUGCCGCUGAGAAGGUGAUUGGUGCUGGGAAGUCCUGGCAUAAGUCCUGCUUCCGCUGCGCCAAGUGUGGCAAAGGCCUCGAGUCCACCACCCUGGCUGACAAGGACGGCGAGAUUUACUGCAAAGGAUGCUACGCGAAGAACUUCGGACCCAAGGGCUUUGGCUUUGGGCAAGGAGCCGGGGCUCUGGUCCACUCUGAGUGAGGCCGCCGCCGUCCACCACACGCUGCCCACUCCUGUGCUUCUCAUUGCCGUUCCCUUCCCAGCAGCCUUGGCGACCUCCAGGAUUCCUCCUCCCUCUCUCAGCCCCGCCACACAUCACUAAUGACUUGAACUUGGGUGUCUGGCUCCCUUUGGUUUGGAGUCUGCCUGAGGUUCCCCCCCACACACAAGGGGCUCCCUCUGCCUGGGUUCUGACACCGUCCCCAGCAGGAGACCUCAGGGUUCUAGUGUAGGUGGGACCAGGCCCCGUCCCCACGCCUCGCCCCAUAAUCCUCUGUUCUUAGCCUGUUAGGCUGAGUGUGCAUCAUCGACCCGCCAAGAUCCCUGAGCCCACAUCUCGGAUCCCAGAGGAGCAGUAGGCCCAGUGGGGAGGGAAGCAGGGUCAAGACUGUAGUUUACCGGACCGGAGACCUCCUCUGGGGUGAGAGGGUGGGCUUCCUGGUGUCUCAGAACCGGCCUGGGGAGUCCCAGCUCGAGGAGUCACUGUGGAUGCAGAAAGGCAUACAGACAGGGUCGUGGCCUAGAGGAGCCACUUCUCUGGGCCUCUUGCCUCUGAGGCUCUGGGGACCUGCUACCCCCCACCGCGGGGUGAGGAAAACAACGCGGGUCUGAGAACCCAGAGUCAGGAUGUGGUCUGACCUCCCCCAGGCAUCUAGUUCCCUGUUUGAUGGCAGCCGAGGAAGCCUCCCGACACGCUCUCAGUUAUCAGUGGCCCGAAUCAGAGGCUGAACAGCUCUGCCCACCCCCGGGUGCCGAGGCCGUGGUGUCCCAGCACGGACCAGGCCACAGUGCUCUGUGCUUAGCGCUCCUGCUGGAUUGACCCUCCGACGCGGAGGGAGGCACACACAGCCUCAGUCUUCCUCUGGAACCCCCUUCCCUGUGUGCCCGGUCCUCACGACCCACCUGCCCACUCGGGGCCUUGCCCCUUCCACCCCACCCUUCUCCAGGGACCCUUCUCUGGCCACAUCACCCCCAUCCCUUCCAGGCCCCAGGUCGGGAGCAGCAGGAGGAAGGGGAGGGGCUGGGCCUCGCUGCUCCCAGCGGUUGACAGGACAACGCUGUGUGGAGCUGUCGCCUGGAAGGGCUGCCGGCAUGAGCUGUGUUCAAGCUGACUUCUCAUCUGGUCAAUAAAGCUCUUAGAACAGAA